GGAACCGAGACUGGUGUGGUGUGAAUCCGAGAUGGCAUGGAAUCCGUGAUAAAGAAUGUUUAUUUAAAAACCUAUUGCAAAUUAUCUCUGUAACGUUUUUAAUAAUGUGACAUCAGACUUUGGCUGAAUAAUUUUGAUUUUCGAAAUCAUCUAGAACGAACUUUGAACAUUCAAAUGUUUGUUUAUAUUUUUUCUCCAUGUGGUUGGUUUGAUAGAUGAAUGGGGUGACAGGAUAUUAUCCUAACCCUUGUUUAUUUCUGCAGAAUGUGGAGAUUAUAUUAUGAUUGGAAUAUGCUGCUACGUCAUCAAUACCAUUAGAUAUUCUAACCCUGGUUGUUAUUUUUGUAGAAUGUCGACAUGCGGGUCGACAUGAGUGACUGGGAGGGUAACCACGCCUACACCUUGUACGACAGCUUACUCGUGGACGACGAGGCCAGCAACUACACCAUCUACCUCGGAAACUACAGUGGGGACGCUGGAGACGCUUUGCGCAUUACCAUGCAACCAUACCAGCAAAAGAUUAUGCCUUUCAGUACCUACGACCACGGAGACGAGGGACUGGCGAAACGUUUCGGCGCCGGCUUCUGGUACAAUCGCUGGUUCACUGCUUUACCGACCGGGCGGUACACUAGGAUCACAGACGAGGAUGAUGAUCAAGGAGUUAUUUGGGAUUCAUGGAAACAAUACGUCUCACUGAAAGAAAUCACCAUGUCAGUCAGACCAAAGGGAGUGGUUUAAAGAAUUGCUGUCUCCGGGUCUACAGUGCAGAAAUAAAAUAAUAAUAAAUUUAAUGAACCGUACUUCUAUAUCGAUGGAUGGUUUGUUCGGUGAUCUAUACAUAGAUUGAUGAAUACAGAGAUCCAGUGAGAUGCGUUAUUAAAUUUUAUGAAUUAAA